AUGAGCAGCCCACCGCCUCUCGCAGGCCAUCUGGUCCCCCUCCGCACCAAGGAUGAGGUGCGCGCCAGCCUGGAGACGCACACCGUCUAUGUCGUCGAGGUGCCGGCCAAGUUUGCCAACGUUAUCAAGGAUGCCGUGCAAGCAGCGUUGCCCGACUUCAAGACGUCGGAGAUCUCUCACCUGCGCCGCGUGGUGCAGUUCAAGUACCUGCCGCCGCACCUGCAGAAACAGUUCUAUCCGCCUGCAAGGCUCCCCAGGGGUAACGAAGAUGCUCCUGCCUCAGAACUACCAUCUUCCCCACUAACACCGGCGACCCCCGCUUCCCUUUCCGCGUCCCCGUCCUCAGUCGAUGCUGGCAGUGAGGCUGCUCAUGGAGAGGCUGAUGCUAAAGAUUUUGAUCUAGUCCGCUACUUCCUGCUGUGUCCCACGCGCCAUAUGCCCCACGCCAAUCUCGCGGCUCUGAUACGGACCUGUCCGCCUUUCGACGGCCCCAAGACUGCGCUCCCUCGGAUCCUCUACGUAACCGUGCCGGCCCUGGCGCCCAUCUCCCAGCAACAGGCUGACGACUGGAGCGACAAGUACUGGCCCAUCUCGUACAAGAACACCAACCCCUACGGCCCCCAUCCGAGUCUCGUACAACGUAACCAGGAGGAACUACAACCCGAGGCAGGCAACUGGCUGGCUCUCGCCCGAGCGGCCGGCCAGCAGAUAUCGGAUCAGUGUCUGGGUGAGAAGAUCGGCGUCGUUGUGGUUGACCGCACCAGGAACCAGCCAGAGAUCGUCGCGGUUGCAGGCGACUGCCGCUGGAGGUCUUUCACCGGCACCGCUGAACCGCCCACCGGCACCGGCAAUGUCAUGGCUCACGCUGUCCACCGUGCCAUCGCCAUGGUUGCGAAGAAGCGGCUGCGUGCUGCCGGCACCGACCCUGCACUCCUCGACCGCUCCCUCUUCUGCGACAACCCCCUCACCGGCCUCGAGAAGCUAUACUACGAAAAGGACAACCUCUCAUCCAGCGGCUAUCUGUGCGUAGACCUCGACAUCUACCUCACCAACGAGCCCUGCGUCAUGUGCUCCAUGGCCAUCCUCCACUCGCGCUUCCGGCGCUGCAUCUUCGGCAAGCGCAUGCCUUACACCGGCGGCAUAACAGCAGACGGACCCGGCGACUCUUCCUCAGCGGGCAGCGGACUGAAGAAAGGCCUCUUCUGGCGACCGAGCGAGCUCAACUGGAAGUUCCUGGCCUGGGAGUUCAACGAGGAGGGCAAGACUGCGGAUGCCGACAGUGGCUUCAAGGAGACACUGCAUGCAUAA